CAGGUUACUCCCAAAAGAUGCGCAGCCCGUAAAAGAAAUGUGACAAGCGCCAAAACAUCUGGCUCAUUGAUUUCGUUGGUAUUGUCUUUGGAUUUUUUUUUUUUUGUUUUGUUUUUUUGUAAGAGCCGGAGUUUCAAAACUUGUUUUUGUAUUUCCCCUCACCUCCCCGGUCCCCCCAGGACACGCACCUUGAUUGUUCCUCUUUUUGUUGUUGAAACAUGGCCAACGCUGGACUCCAACUUCUUGGCUUCACGCUGGCCUUCCUGGGCUUCAUCGGCUGCAUCGCCUCCACGGUCAUGGUGGAGUGGAAGGCUUCGUCCUACGCGGGCGACAACAUCAUCACAGCUCAGGCCCUUUACGAGGGCCUGUGGAAGUCGUGCGCGUCGCAGAGCACUGGCCAAGUGCAGUGUAAAGUGUACGAUUCGCUGCUCCAACUACCAGCCAUCGUCGUGGGAACGCGAGGACUGAUGUUGUCGGCCAUCUUGCUCUGCUUGAUUGCACUCUUGUUGGCAGCGGUGGGCAUGAAAUGCACCACAUGUUUGGCAGACCAGCCGGAGCAGAAAAACAAAGUGGCUCUAACCGGCGGAAUCAUCUUGAUAAUCGCUGGCCUCCUUUCUCUGGUGGGAGCAUCCUGGUACGCUCACAGGAUAGCACAAGACUUCUACAACCCGUUCACCCCAACCAAUUCAAAGUACGAAUUCGGGAGCGCCCUCUUCGUGGGAUGGGGGGCUGCGAUCCUCAUCGCGAUCGGAGGAGGCUUCAUGUGCUGCAACUGCCCCAGUAAGGGUUCAGGGAAAGCGCCGCGCUACCCGCGGUCCAACCCGGCGAGCAACUCGGGAAAAGACUACGUGUAGACCAACCGUAUGUAAAGGGGAUCCCCGACAUUAGAAUCCCAUUUAUAGUCCUCGAUAUCAUAACACUGAAUGCAACUCGCUGAAUGUGUUCACAUCAAUAA